AUGCACGUUUCAAAAGUAGAUAAAACUAGUAAAUUAGGACGUUUGACUUGGAAUCAUCCGAAUCCCUGUCGUCCAAGUUUGUCUCCUCCAUCUUCUGACGUUUCGGGGAAGGAGGAUCGAAGCUCGUCUUAUCGACCGGCAAGUAAUGAGAAUCUACCAACCAAUGUGAUCAAGCAGCUCGCUAAGGAACUGAAGAGUCUUGACGAACCUCCUCCUGAUGACAUCAAGAUUGUGGUAAACGACGAGGAUUUCUCGCAAAUAUGUGCUGAUAUUGAAGGACCAGUUGGGACUCCUUAUGAGAAUGGACUUUUCCGUAUGAAGUUGGCUUUGUCGCCUGAUUUUCUACAUUUGCCGCCUAAAGGUAUGUCUGAUAUAUGCAUGUCUCACUUAAAUAUAGGGACCUCUGAGAUGUUAUAG